AUUUUCUAAAUCAGUCGAUCGUGGAGACACUCGCAUCGUCUAAAUUUACUUCAGUCUUGUCGUUCACGUUUCCGACAAAUCGUUUCCGGAAAAUUUUGCGAAAAUGCGACUUACGUAAGGUGGAAAAGGUGGAGUUUUCGUGAUUCCGCAAGUGGUCUAUUUAUAACCGGACACGUCCAGGUUUGCCAAAACUCGCGGGUGCAACAGUUAGUCAUAGUCGGGAUCUUCCCAAAACUAUUGUUUUUUUCUCGCUUCGUGUUUGAAAAAAUAAUAAUUAUAAAAUGAGUGCUAAAAUACGCACGCGUACGCCGUCACCGAAAACGGUCACUUUCGACCCUUCGCCUCCGACGACACUGGAGAGGAAGAAGAAAGUGAUGAGGUUUAAAUCGCAUGCCGAAUGGGAGCAAUAUUUAAAUGCUCUUUUGGCGGAUCUUCAGAAUACCGUGUCUCCGGGUGGCGGUAGUAGUUCCGGUUAUGGCUCUUUGAAUACUUCGAGGGAUGGUCGACAAUCGGGGGUUGAAAGUCCCGCCUCGAAAGUCGAUUCAUAUGGUGUUAGAUCGGGCACUUAUGGGAAAACCCAACCGACUUCUGGUACCCGAACUCCGGGAUAUGRUUAUGGUUCCGGUCCUGGAACCGGCGAGAAGCGAACUUUUAAUAACAAUCUGUCAGAGCUUGAUACUCUCUUGCAGGAUUUGAGUAACUCACGAUAUGGCAAUAUUUCAGAAAACGGAAUGAAUGGAACUUUGAACGGAAGUACUUACAACGGCUCGGGCGGUUUGAGCCCUCAUUCCCGUCCUUCGAGUGCCCAAAGUACUUUAAACAGACGCACAGUCGAUAGUCUUUUGGAAGAAUUAAAUCCCGGUGAAGUGAUUUAUACUGGUCCGAAAAAAGUGACGAUCACAGUGAAAGAAACAAAAACCGAGACAGGUUAUCCUGGCGAGACAGAAUUGAUAUCAUCUCAUAUCACCACGUCUACGGCCCCUGCAGCUUCAACAGCCACUCGGGAACUCGAUGAUUUGAUGGCGAGUCUCUCUGGAAUCAAGGUGAACCAGGGCCAGCCCCAGCACCAGACGGUCACCGAUUCACAGUACGCGCGCCCCACGAAAGCGACGCAAUCCCACAGCGCUCCCAAACAGAAUUUGGAUUCUAUGCUUGGUAAUCUCCAGGCCGACAUGAGUCGACAAGGGGUCAACACCAGCCAGAAGGGCUGCUGCAACGCCUGCGAUAAACCAAUCGUAGGACAAGUCAUCACCGCCUUGGGCAAGACCUGGCAUCCGGAGCACUUCACCUGCGCCCACUGCACUCAAGAGCUCGGCACGAGGAACUUCUUUGAGAGGGAUGGGAAGCCCUACUGCGAGCCGGAUUACCAUAAUCUUUUCAGUCCGCGAUGCGCGUACUGUAACGGACCUAUCUUGGAUAAAUGCGUGACCGCGCUGGAAAAAACAUGGCACAUGGAACACUUCUUCUGCGCGCAAUGCGGAAAGCAAUUCGGCGAAGAAGGGUUCCAUGAACGCGAAGGGAAACCCUACUGUAGGGACGAUUACUUUGAUAUGUUUGCCCCCAAGUGUGGGGCUUGUAAUAGGGCCAUUAUGGAAAAUUACAUCUCGGCAUUGAAUGCGCAAUGGCAUCCCGAUUGUUUUGUUUGCAGGGACUGUCGCCAGCCGUUUAUAGGUGGCUCCUUCUUUGACCACGAAGGUCAGCCAUACUGCGAGACCCAUUACCAUUUGAAACGUGGUUCGUUGUGUGCCGGUUGCCAUAAACCGAUUUCCGGUCGGUGCAUCACAGCCAUGUUUAGGAAAUUUCAUCCAGAGCAUUUCGUUUGUGCAUUUUGCCUUAAGCAGCUAAAUAAGGGCACUUUCAAGGAACAAAAUGACAAGCCAUAUUGUCAUACGUGUUUCGAUAAACUUUUCGGUUAGCUGAAUUUUCCUUUAAAUCUAAAUUUUUUCUUAAUUUUCUUUGCUAAAAGUGGAAGUUGACUCCUUUAACUGUUUAAUUAAAAACCAACUUGUAUUUCUAUCUAAAUGUUAGUUAGACUUAUAAGUCAAGUAGGUUUGCUUAAUCCAUUAAUGACUUAUUAUUACGAAUAGAAAUCUUUUAAUUCCAUAUUUUUUUUUAAAUUCUUAUUUUGCAGAACACGUAUGAUGCACUUGUUGUAUUUUGCAUUUCAACGAUUAAUUACAAGUUGCCAUUUUAUUUUUAUACUUUUAUUAAUUUUAAUCAAGGUUGUUAAUUCGUACUGUAAUUAUUUUGUAACACAAACUAAUUUUAGAAAUAUACAUAUUAUAUCUAUAUAUUUAAUGUGUGAAAUA